AUGGAGAACUUCGAUUAUGGUUACAUGAACCGCAAAAACAAACCAACAACCAUUACCAGAGAGAUGUUGAAUGGUUUAAAUGACACAAAGCUUAAGCAAACAGGUAUAAAUAUCUCUUUCAUACACUACUGGGAGCUGCCACAGCAAUUAAAUGUGUAGAUUCUAAUUGCGAAAGGUUAAAAUUUCCUAUUGCAUUAGUAUUGUAAAUAUACACUCCACCACAUCUUUUGCAGAGAUUAGUUGGACAAUUAGCCAUUCCGAAGUUGAUGAGAGGACUGGAGGGACAUGUGUUAAAAAGCGCCCAAAUUAAAAAAUGAACCAAAUCAUUAAAAAGACCACCUGUGAUAAAACAUUUUUGCUAAUUCUUUUGUUCUUCAAACAGCAGAAAAUAAAUUUUAACAAUGCCCAAACCCAUGUUAUCAAGUAUGCAUACAGUGGUGGUAUUAACUAUUUAAGGCAUAUAACCUUGAGUAUAAAAAUGGGCAAUCAUUGGAGGUGCAGUUGGUUAACACCGAAAAUUUUUAUUGGCUAUUUCAAUCCUACUUGACGACCUAACUAUGAAAAUAUUAUCAUUUCGUUCUCAAACAUUUUAGUCUACGAGUAAAAUGCAUGCAAACUUUGUAUUUCGCCGCCAUCGUGGAAAUAUGUUUUUAAAAAUUAUCUCGAAGGUCAAUGAACUUUGUGACAUCAUUGGAUGGGUAGCACCAAAACUACAAGAGGGAAUUCUAUUGCAUGCGUGUUAUGUUAGCUAAAAAUAUGUCGUUUUGAGCGUUAUACUGGCCAACACUCUUCGCAAUCAAACAAGAUAAGUCUACACUAUCAGAUAAAAACAUCGAGCACCUGGGAAAGCAAGGAAUGGUGCAAUUUACAAUACAGGUAAUUGAUCAUAAAAUAUUGCAUUAGUAUUUGCCUUGUUACACUCGAAUUUCUGCGUUUGUUUAACACGGAGUAGGAUAUAUACUAUGAGAAAUAGUGUUACAAACAAGUUACAUACUUGGUAAAACUUUGCUGCCUUUUGUUUCGGCUCAAAAUACACUACGCACGGCAAUACUCAGCUUGUUUAUAGUCAUGAAAUUGUGUUUACCCAGCCAAUGAUGUCAGAUAAUGUAUUUUGUGGCAUAAAUUAGCAUGCACGCUUGUUUUCAAAAUGGCGGACAACUGUUGAACUUUUUAUCAAAUUUUCUCAACAACUAACCGGCCAAAAUAUGAAAUUAAAUAUUCCGCAAGUAUACCUAAUAGAUAUAAGUAAUACAAAUUUUGUCCUUUAACCAACUUCAAUGUCCUUUAACCCAGAUACGAUGACGUCUGAGUUUGUGACUAUAGGAGGGUGGAAUCCCCCCUCCCAAAUAAAUUUGGAUGGAGCUCCCACCCAAGUCCCAAAACUUAAAAUACCCUGUGUGUAAAAAAAUAUAUAAUAAUUAUCUUUUUCAUAGCAUCACAAACAUGGUGCUUAUUUAGAUUUUUACCAAUCAUGAUUGGUGAUAAAGUGGAUGAUAACCUGGAACAUUGGCAUUGCUAUCUGAAGCUGUGGAACGUCGUCCAAAUUUGUACUUCCCCGGCGAUAACAAAGGUUGAUGUUGCCUGCUUGAAAGUUAUGAUCAGUGAUCAUCACACUAUGUUCAAGAGGCUGUAUCCUCAUGCAUCUAUUCUUCCAAAGAUGCACUAUUUGAUCCAUAUACCUGAUGAGAUUCUGAGGUAGGGCCAUUUCUAAUGAGUCAAAGGGUAAUCUCUUGGUUAUUAACCCUUUAAGUGGCAAUGCACCCUACUUUAGUAUUUUACUCUGUCUAACGCCAGAUGAUUUUACUUGUCAAGUGGAUAGUGCUACCACUCAGUGGGUUAAUAGGCUAUUUCAAUGUUUCUUUGACAUUAAGCCCUGCUGUUUAACGCCUUGCAAUUUUAUUUGUAGAUGAAAUGUUGAUUAUUGUUCUAUUUACGGAAUUUUCCAGAUUUGGCCCACCACGAAACAUAUGGACAAUGCGGUUUGAAGCUAAGCACAGUUUCCUGAAGAGCUGAAUCACAAAAAAUUUCAAGAAUGUUCCCAAAUCCCUUGCAUUUGCACAUCAGCGGUAUAAUAAUUUUGUAUUUUUACCUUGUGCUGUCUAGAAUAUGUUUCAUGGUGUAUUAUUUUAUGCCCCAGGUAAUUUUUUGUCACCCAUAAAAGUGUACAGUACAUAAAAUCUUUUAUAUUUUACUUAUAAUUUAUCUUGUAGGGAAAUAUGCUGGAACCUUUUGGCCUCUCCUGAGCAGACCAUGACAAAUUAUCUCUACAGUGGUGAUGUUGUCGGACCAGGUAUUGCGUAUUGUACAUAAAUUAUUACAUUUUCAUAAAGAUAUAUUAUUUAAAUUAAGUAAUGUCGACAUACAUGCAAUGAGUGUCUCAAGUGUCACAUUACUGAGUAAAAAGUAGGGCAUACCAGGCACAAUGUGCCUUUUCUUGGUUAACCAGUCUUUACCAAAUGCAAUAAAAUAGGUUGGAAGCUUUUCUGUUGAACCAGUGUUUCCUAUUGCCUUUUAGGUGAUUAUGACGUUGAUUUAAAUGGACAACAUUAUUCAAACAUGCUAGCUGAAGCUGCUGGUUUGAAUCAGCUGCCACAACUAUGUUCAGGAAGUAGGUAAGUUAACAUGUUCAAGAACAAAAUGUGCUGUUGGGAUUUAAACUUUAUCAUUUUGGUCUUCCUGUGGACAUUGAUAGAUUCCAACACCAUCUGCUAAUCAGGGGUGGAAAAAAUAUUUUACUUUCUGGGACUGCAAGAGAAAAUUGAAAAUUUUCUGCAAAUAAUAAAGUAAAUUGACAUUGGAACACCGUAACUGUGUGAUGUUUUCCAACUGAAUGUCAUGCUAUAUUUUAAAUUAACAGAAAAAUAUUAAUUUCAUUGCACUGAGAAUCUUAAUAAUACUUUUUUAGGAAUAUAACAUAAAACUAAUGUAGAUAACAUGCAUCAAGGGUCGGAUCCUAAGGUGAAUAGAGAUGCUAAAAAAAGGCACUACCAUGCAGGGGGGUUCAUGCUCCCCCAGAAAAUUUUGAAAAUCAGGUGUCCCAGAUUGGCUAAAAAAUGCAUUUGCCGUACAACAUUUGUUACAUUAUUCUAUAGUCUAUACAUUUACACACUAUUGCACUACUAAGAUGGAUGCACUUAUAAUAAUUAUUGCAUUUCUGAGGUCAUACAUACAGUAGUACAGGUAACAUUCUUUCUAUUAGUUAGAAUUUUCCCUCUGAAUUUCUCCCUUUUAUCUACUAAAUUUUUACAAUUAUCCUUUUUUUCUUUCUUGGGGAGAUAUUUUCUGGGAACUCAAAAAAUUUUUUGGGACCAAUGUUUCUGUGGUCCGAUACAUUUUCCACCCCUGCUGCUAAUAUUUUAUGUGCCAACUGUGGCGAUGACAUCAUCGUUGAUGUCACGUGAGUCAUUGUUGUUGUCGAGUUUUUAGGCGAUAUGUUUUAGGCUCGAGACUGACAAGCUGAGAUUCAGACAUGUUAUACUAAUCGAAGUAAUUGCGGACGACUUUCUCAUUGCUGGUUUUGGGAAUACUGAAGAAGAGGUCAAUGCGAGUUUAGAAAAGAAUGAACGGGUGUUUUUCGAAAAAUGUCGAUAA